AUGCCACCCAAGCCGCCAGCCAAGGGAGCGAAAAAAGCCGCUAAGAGUCAGAAGGCCAUCCGUGCCGGGGACAAGAAGAAGAGGCAUCGUCGGAAGGAGAGCUAUUCUGUCUUCAUCUACCGCGUACUCAAGCAGGUCCAUCCCGACACGGGAGUGUCGUCAAGCGCGAUGUCGAUCAUGAACUCGUUUGUGAACGANGACCGACGGGGAACUGCAACCCGGCGCGCGCCGAACGGGACUUCGAUUUGCCUCCGGUCUUCGCUUUACCUCCUUUGCCACGGCCAGACAUGA